CUCAACGUCGACUCCGGAGUAGACCGGAGUAUCAUGCGAGUGAGGUGCACCGACGAUCGGAGGAAUUGUCACGAGUCGCUAUCGAUAUCCGCUCGGGCGGCGGUCACGCCAGUAUCGAUACCCGCGUCGCGUCGCCGCUCCCGUGGCAGGGGCAGGACUGGCAGGAGGUGGUGGUAGUCGAUGACGCCGAUGACGCCGUGCCGCCGCGAGUCGUGCGUACGCAAAAUAUAACCUCUCCGGCGGCGUAAGAUGCGCCAGUCCUCGCCGAUCCAGCCGGAGACACCGCUGUUCCAUCGCGAAACCUGAAUUUCCCGCCUGGGGCACACACGCGCGUCCUUUCCAAGCGCGUUCGAAGCGCGUCGUCCGCAUCGUCCCCGACUCCAGACUCGCGCGCGAGAUCCCUCGUCGGCCGCUUCAUCAUGAAAGUGAUCGUGAAGAAGCUGCAGGGGAAAGAGUGCGUCGUUGACAUAUUACCGUCAGAGACAGUGUUGGAGUUGAAGCACAAAGUGAGCGACCUCUUGGGCAUUGAUGUACCACAACAAAGAUUGUUGCUCACUGGGAAGACCUUGGCGGACGAGAAUCCGCUGAGUUUUUAUCCCGGAAUCAAAGAUGGCAGUAAAUUAAAUCUCUUGGUGAUCAAGAAGGCGGAGGAGGGCUCCAGCGAGGCGAGGGCCUUACCCCAACAGAAAACGGGCAUUCAUCUGCUGAGAGAAGAGGUCUCGCGAGUGCUCAGGCCGUACUACACGGUGUCCGAGACCGAGUCCAUAGUCAACGAGCUGAUAAAGGACUUGAAAAACAAAGUGAACAAUCUUAGUUACGAUGAUCUAGAGAGACUAGCCACCGCGUUGCUCCAGGACCAAGAGAACGUAGCUUAAGUAUCACUCAAGGUUAUCCAAUUUUCGCUUACCGAUUGAUUGUUGUAAUACGAGUUUAUUUAAUUCAAGCAUUGCCUUAUAUAUCGAGCCCCCCUCUAAUAAUUGGUACUGUGUAAUUUAAUGCGCGAUGCGUAAUGAUUAAGCGAGACUCGAGAAACUUAACUGUACUAUUCUCUACGUUUGAAAUUAAGGUCAGGAUAUAAUCUUGUGUGGAGUUUAUUAAAAAAAAAAAAAAAUCGUAUGUAUACAGGUAUAUGUCAUACCGCGUCAUAAUAAUUAUAUCAUAUGCACGAUGGGAAGUUGUCAAGGAUCUGCCAAGUCCAAUUGACGAAAGUAUCUCGCUACUAGACAGAUGAAUAAAUUCAGCGCCCCUAGUUCCUGCGCGUCCAAUUCUCUCUAAAAAAAAAAAGAAAAGAAGAGAAGUAGCGAGAUGGCACAGACGGCGUUAGUAAAUUCUGACGUGGACUUUUGUAGAUAUUAACGAGACGACGAGCUAGAUAUAGAAGAAAAGUUCAGUCUUAUUUUCUCAACAUUUUGUAAUCCGACAAACGCGAGUUUUUAUUAUCGCCUGAACCUUUUCUAAUAUCGGGAACGACAUAGCAGCAGCGUAAACAGGAAGUUAUGCAAUAAAAAUGUUUUGUUAAUAGAAA